GAAUCCAAUUUCAUUAUCUAAAGAUUCAUGGGAGAUAGAAUUGAAGAGAUGAAUCAAAUUGGAAAUUUAGCAAUGAAUUAUGUUACAAUGUAUUACAUUUCCCAGGCUCAACAUCAAACAAUCAUUGUAUGCCGUGGUCAUUUAGUACUGAAAAACCUACAAAAUAUAAGCAGACUUCCCUUUAAUGGUGCCUAAAGGCUCAAGUUGGGAGAUUUUCAGCCGAAGCACAUCGAUGUGAAGUUAAUCCAAAGGCCAACUAUAUGUCUUUUAAAGCAGGCCAAGCCUUUUUCAUAAUUUCGUUGAUCUUUAGAUCAAUCUGCUUUUGAAUUCUCAGUGGGCAAAGCUCUGCUGCAAAUCCAUUUAAUUUUGAUGCCAGACUUGACCUCUCAAGCUCCUCUUCGGGCAAGUUCCCUAUCAGCUGAAGAAGUAAAGGAUGGCGUUUGAGUUCAAAUUUCUGCACAUUGAAAAUGGUAUCAGCAACUUAUUUGGCUUAGCAAUCAAUUAGUCCUGGUAUCUAAAUAUGAUUAAUAACAAAGCAAUAUAAAAUGUGUUUCCAAUAUCAAAGUUCACGCAAAGAUCAGAUAUAUAGGUAAUCAAAAGGAAAUUUGCUC